UAUGAAUGAACUGUUGCUAUACAUUGUGGCCACCAUCAAUGAGUUCACCACCAUCGUGAUCAUCCUCACCUCCUACUUGUUAAUUCUCAUCACCAUCCUGAGGAUGCACUCUGCAGAGGGAAGGCGCAAAGCCUUUUCCACCUGUGCCUCCCACCUCACAGCCAUCUUGGUCUUCCAUGGAACAAUCCUUUUCAUUUACUGCCGACCUAGUUUUGGCAACAGUAUGGAUACUGACAAGGUGGCCACGGUGUUCUAUACUGUAGUGAUUCCCAUGCUGAACCCCCUCAUCUAUAGCCUGAGGAACAAGGAUGUGAAAGAAGCUGUCAGAAAAAUGAGAGAUAGAGGACAUGAUGCCGCUUCCAAACCAUGCAAUUAUACCAGCAUGACCCUGAUACCAAAGCCAAACAAAGACAACACCCAGAGGAAAACCCAAACCUAA